UGUGUGGUGGAUCUCUUCCAAGUAUCUCUGGGAGAAACUUCACUUCUCCCGGCUAUAAUGGAAUCCGUGACUAUGCAAAGAACCUAGACUGUGAAUGGACUCUCAGUAAUCCAAAUCGGGAAAAUUCAUCCAUUGUUAUCCAUUUUGUAACAUUUUCUCUUGAACGUCAUCAAGACUGUGCAUUGGAUGUCCUUGAGUUUCGAGUGGGUGAUGCUGACGGGCCCCUGAUAGAGAAGUUUUGCAGCCUGUCAGCACCAGCAGUACCCUUGGUUAUCCCCUACUCCCAGGUGUGGAUACACUUUGUCACCAACGAGCGUGAAGAACAUAUUGGAUUCAAUAUAGAAUACUCCUUUACUGAUUGUGGUGGAAUACAGACAGGUGAGAGUGGAGUGAUCGCAAGUCCUAACUAUCCAAAAAAUUAUGGUAGAUGGACCCAAUGUUCAUGGCUGUUGGAAGCCCCAGAAGGGCACAUCAUCACUCUCACAUUUAGUGACUUUCAUCUUGAGAAUGAACCAACUUGCACGGCAGACACGGUUACUAUCAGGAAUGGUGGCUCCCCUGAAUCACCCAUCAUAGGACGGUACUGCGGGUGGUCAGUCCCUGGGCCAGUACAGUCUGGUUCUAACAAGCUUGUGGUGACUUUUACCACAAACCGUCUAGGGCAAAGUCGUGGAUUUUAUGCUACAUGGAACACAGGCACCUUAGGUUGUGGUGGAACAUUCCAUUCAGAUAAUGGUACAAUCAAAUCUCCUCAUUGGCCUCAGCCAUUCCCCACGAACAGCAGAUGCUCCUGGACAGCCAUCACGCAUGAGAGUAAACACUGGGAGAUUAGCUUUGACAGCAAUUUCCGAAUCCCCAGCAGUGACAGCCAGUGUGGGAACAGCUUUGUGAAGGUCUGGGGAGGAACCUUGAAGACCAACGAUACCCUGUUGGCAACAAGCUGUGGGGAUGUGGCUCCUAGUCCCAUUGUCACAACAGGAAACACGUUCACUGCUGUCUUCCAGUCUGAGGAGAUGCCAGGCCAGGGCUUCUCUGCAUCCUUCAUAAGCCGAUGUGGACGUAGGUUCAAUGGAUCCAGAGGUGACAUUAUCUCUCCAAACUUUCCAAAGCCAUAUGACAACAACAUGAACUGCACCUACUUCAUAGAUGUUGAACCUCAGUCUCUGGUCAUCCUGACCUUUGUGUCCUUCCAUUUGGAAGAUCGCUCAGCCAUCACUGGAAACUGUGAUCAUGACGGCUUGCACAUCAUCAAAGGUCACAACCUGUCUUCCACUCCUCUUGCGACCAUAUGUGGUUCUGAAGCCUUACAUCCCCUCACUGUGGAUGGCCCAGUAUUGCUUAACUUCUAUUCUAAUGCAUAUGCCACGGACUUUGGGUUCAAGAUUUCCUACAGAGUCACCACCUGUGGUGGAAUCUACAAUAAAUCCAUUGGGCUCCUUAGGAGUCCUUCAGACUCAUCUACCAACUACCCCAACAAUGUCUACUGUGUCUACACCAUCUAUGUAAGAAGCAACAGAGUGAUUCUGCUUAGGUUCAAUAAUUUUGAUGUGGCUCCCUCCUUCUUUUGCAAAAAUGACCACCUAGAGGUUUUUGAUGGUCCUAGCAUUGGAAAUCGGUCUCUUGGAACGUUCUGUGGUUCCAGAAUUCCACAAAAUAUUAAGAGCACCAAUAACAGCCUGACCCUGCUGUUCAAGACAGAUUCUUCUCAAACUGCAAGAGGUUGGGAAAUGUAUUUCUGGGAGACAUUAGGACCACACCAUGGAUGUGGUGGAUACCUGACAGAUGACAACAAUACCUUUGUCUCUCCUGAUUCUGAUUCAAAUGGAUACUACGACAAAGGUCUAAACUGCAUAUGGUACAUAAUUGCACCUGAAAACAAACUCAUUAAUCUCACCUUCACUAAGUUUUCUCUAGAGGCAGCAACAGCACAGGGAAGCUGCAACUAUGAUUAUGUGCUGAUUGCAGAUGGCAGGAGUGAGACGUCAGAUUUAGGUGGAAAAUUUUGUGGUUCCCAAAUACCUGCACCUUUUAUCUCUUCGAGAAACUUCCUUACGUUACAGUUUGUCUCUGACGUAACUUUUGAAAGAGAAGGAUUUAAUGCAACAUAUACCUUUGUGGACAUGCCUUGUGGGGGAACACAUGUUGCAACUUUGACCCCACAAAACGUUUCAUCGCCUCAUUUGUCAAACAUCAGACGUCCAUAUUCCACCUGUACUUGGAUCAUUGUGGCUCCUCCCCACAAGCAGAUUAAGAUAACUGUGUGGGAGUUACAGCUGACCUCACAAGACUGCUCAGAGAACUACUUAGAACUUCAAGAUUCACCACAGAGAAAUGGUCCAGUGACUCAGUUCUGCAGUGCCAACUUCACAGCCUUGCCAGCAUUUUAUUCUUCAAGGAGGACUGCAAAGGUCGUUUUCAAAUCUGAAGUUUUAAACACAAACUCGAGAGUGCAUUUCACCUAUCAGAUUGCAGAUUGCAACAGAGAAUACAACCAAGGAUUUGGCAAUCUGAAGAGUCCUGGGUGGCCUCAAGAAUAUGAUAAUAACUUGGACUGCAUAAUUAUUCUCAGAGCCCCACAGAACCACACCAUUUCCCUCUUUUUCUAUUGGUUUGAGCUGGAAGACUCAACACAAUGUCAGCAUGAUUACUUGGAGGUACGAAAUGGCAGCACUGGAAGUUCACCGCUCCUUAACAAGUACUGUGGAUCACUACUGCCAUCCCCCGUCUUCUCUCAGAGCAAUGAACUGUAUCUGAGGUUUAAGACCGAUACCUCAGUCACCUUACCUGGAUAUGACAUUAUCUGGACCUCCUCUCCAUCAGGCUGUGGAGGGACUCUUUUUGGUGAUGAUGGUAUAUUCACCAGCCCUGGCUACCCUGGCAGCUACUCAAACAACACUCACUGUGAAUGGUCCAUCUUUGCUCCUUCUGGAAGACCUGUUACCAUCAGGUUUCCUUUUGUCAGUAUUAACCCUCCAGGAGAUUGUGGCCACAACUACCUCAUUGUCUAUAAUGGGCCAGAUGCCAGCUCGCCAUCGUUUGGACCGUACUGUGGAGCAGACCUUAGGCUAGCCCCCCUCACAGCUUCAUCAAAUCAAGUCUUCAUCAGAUUUCAUGCCGAGUAUACAACACAGCUGUCGGGGUUCGAGAUAUUGUGGGACAGCUGAAUGGGGAGAGACCAAUCGUCAGAUGCCACCCUGCCCAGAACUCUGCCUUCCUCGUCCCCAUCCCUGCCUGAGCCCCCAAACAUGAACUGAACUUCUGUGAACUUUACCAGACACAGUGUGGAACCAAUUUUGUACAUUUGAUGUUCUGAACACAGAGUAUAACUUUGGGUGGAUAUACCAUUCUAACUGGAUGCCCCAUUUAGUUGACAACUUUUAAGAACUUCUUUAAAGGGUGGAAGUUUACAACGGGGCAUAUUGAUAUACAUUUUAAAAAGCUGCUGAUACAAAUACAUGCAUUGUUUUCAAAAGCCAAAGUCAAGGUAGUAAAUGUUACUGAAAAUGA